GGUUACUGUCAAAGCCCUGUAGUCAACAACUGACCUUCUGCGUACAAAGCUAUGGCAGCAUUAACUAGGACCAGAGCGGUAUUGUUCCUCCAAGACAUUUUGGGCAUCAGUGUUCCUUGUGAUAAAGCGGAUGGUCGACCAAGAUGCGACCUACCAUUCCUCAACUGCAUCAUCAGGGAGUUUAUGAGGAAACUUCCGUUCCAGUCCGUCAUACUCUUAGCUGAAGAUCUCGCGAGACGUCACGUGCCCACCAUGUCGGAGAUCGUGGAGGCCAUGUUUAAACAACAUGGUGGUGUGUGCCAUUCCCUCAACAGUUUCAUGUUCUUCUUGCUGGAAGGUCUCGGUUAUGAUGUCACCCUUGGCCACGCUUUCGUGUUCGUUGAGGUAGAUGAACGCCGUGACAACCAUAUAAUAGUAUUUGUCCACAAUUUGGUAACGGAAGGAGACAUGUUCCUGGUCGACGUUGGCUUCGGCGAGCCGUCGUUUGAGGCUGUUUCAUUGGAUUUCGAAACUGAAUCUCCGCUUUUUAAACACUCAUACCUUGAGUAUAAGUUCUUUAAGCAAGACGGGAAGAUCAUAAGGGCCAAUGGAAAGGGCGACAUUCGGCUAACCAGAGACCCAAAGCCUUGGGAGGUUUGUAUCGGACCAUGGCGAGGAGCGUAUGAGUUUCGAACAGAAAACGCCAGACGGUUUGACGAGUUUCAGAAGUGUUACCAUCACCAGUAUGCAUCAUUAGAAGGAAUGCUCUUUCAGAGAAGCCUGAGAGCGGUGAUGUAUCCCAAUGGCAAAGCAUUGAUAAUCCUCCAUAGCAACAUGCUGUGCGAAAACGAGUCUGGUGACCUUGUGAAAUGCCCACUUGCGGAUGACGAGACUAUUUUGAAAACGUACUUGAAACAUUUCCCUCAGUUUGAAGAGGAGAUGGUUAAACGAGCUAUAGCCAACUGGAGGAAACAGAUGCAAGAAUAGAUACGUCUCAGCAUUAAGUCAAUAUAUCAAUAACCCAGAGACUGGUAUCAAUACGAAUACAUGACACUUUUUAUUGAUAACAACUUUAUAUUCCAUGGAGCUAUUUUAUUCAUCAGAUGAAGGAGAAUGAAUUAGCUCCGGUGUCCCAGUGCUAUUGCUGGAAUGUUGCUAAUUGCGGCGUAAAACCUCACUCACUCUGGAACGUCAUGAUAUAGAAUAAAUUAUUAUCCAUAAAAAGUGUCAUGUAUCCAUGCUCUGCCAACUUCUAAAUGCUUUCAAGGACUUGUUUUCCAUUAGUUACAGCCGAAGGCAAGGGCAAGUUCUUAUAGCUAAAGAACUUUUUUAUUGUAUCCGAGGCGACAGUUCAGGAAAUGUAACUUGCGUGAUAAAGGUGGCAGUACCUGUACCUUCAGAUAGCAUACUUACCUUAUUCUAUAAAGAGUGAAUGAGUGUGGUUUUACGCCGUUUUAAUUUUAUCCCAGCAAUAUCACGGCCGGGGACACCAGCAGUUGCAUCACACACAUUGUACCAAUGUUGGGAAUCGAACCCGUAUCUUCAGCGUGACGAGCGUACGGUUUAACCAUUAGGCUACCCCACCCCUAUUCUAUAAGAAGGAGGAGUACGUACUGAUCUAUCGACUGAAUUUACUGAUAGCGAACUUACUGCUGUAAUCAAGGAAAAAUAGAAAUAGAAAUAUUUUGUCCAAAAUAUCUUUAUAUAUACCAGUUAAACUCUUCCGCCGGAUAAAUAUUUCGUCAAAUAUAUAUUGCGAUAUAUUACAAA